CAACGAUCAAGGACUAGGCCAGCGGAUCCGGAGCAAAUCAGAGGAGAGACGAGGAUAGUCUCCGCCUCUUUUGUGCCUGCCGACUUAUUACUAAUGCAGAUCCAGCCGAUUGGACGGCGGCAGGGUGCUCUGAAGUUCUCCCUCAGAUCUCCAGUGCGAUGAGAGUGUAUAUGCGUACGGAGUGUGUAGUGCACACACCGGAGCGCACACGGAUCGACGGAAUGCCAUUAUUUGCCACGCUAUUUAUCAGUAUGUCUGUUGAUUAGUUUCUUUUAAUUUAUUUGAUCACAAGUAAGCAAGGCUUCUCUUGGUUUUCAUUUUGUCCUCGUUUUUUGCGUAAAGGACUCCGUAUCGUUUUGGGUUAAAAGGCAACACUGAUUCGGUGACGGAACGAUGUGGAGACGGAGUGUACGUUCUUCCUAGAGACUAUAACAGCUCUCUUUCUUUGGACUACAGACAGCGUUAAUGUUUCAACGGGAUAUUCAACUGUCAAUAGUAAAGGAUAUAAUGUCGUUUGGUUCUUUGUUGAAUUAUUGAAGACAUUGGAUAUUUUGUAAAUGAAAAGUGAAGGACAUCCGCCCCGUAGCUGUCCUCGUCAGGUCUCUGAUCCGCCCCGAUCCAGAUGAGCGAACUGCCUCUUGGAUUUGCAGUCAGCGCACGGUAUCAGACCCUUAAAAGUAAUUACAUUCACAACGAUAGUUCACCCACCUGUUUACGAUCCCAGUUUGACUCGAUCGCAUUACUACUACCGUACAGUGAUCCCGCGCGUCAGGAAAAGAGGCUGCCUAUACGGAUUCUCAAAAUGUUGACCGCUCACACAAGUCAUAUACUUCACCCCGAGUAUCUCCAGCCGCUCAGCUCCGCGCCAGUGAGCAUUGAGCUGGAUGCUAAGAAGAGUCCCUUGGCAUUGCUGGCCCAGACCUGCUCACAGAUUGGUAAACCGGACCCCACUCCCUCCUCUAAACUGGGAUCACUCUCCUCCAGCAGCCAUGGAGACAAGGACAGCCGUUCCAACAACUCUAGUCUGAAGCCUGGGGAGCACCAGAACCAAGAUGACAAGUCCAGCUUUAAGCCUUACUCUAAAACUGGAUCAGAAUGCCGAAAGGAUGGUGCUGGAAUCAACAGCUCAGCCGAUAAAGCAGGGUUCAGAGUGCCAAAUAGUGGUUCUGCUGUAGUGACAUGUCCCUCUUUACCUCCACAUGCCCCCUCUCCGCGGGCCAGCUCUCCUUCUCAGCAGACAUCAGGACAGUCACACACACAUCUUCAGUCUCAGUCUCCCCUCUCGCAGAAAACUGCACAUCUACAAAAUGCCCACAUGGACACCAAAGCUGCCGACUCAGAUCCAGGGAAUGACAGCAGCAGCAGCAGUGGUGGCGAUCGCAAUGGGAAAAAAGAUUUAGAACACAGCAAAUCAGGCCUGGACAAUGCACAGAUAGCAAACUCCAGUCAUGUGCGUGCUAUUGCGAACUUCAGUAGUGCCAGUUCCUCCAGCAGUCCUCAACCUGACAAUAAGGCUGACCCCCAGCCACCUCAGGCUAGCCUGGGUGCAGGCCAUAUUGCCCCCAUCUCUCCUUUCAAACCAGGCCACUCUGUUUUUCCCCUCCCGUCCUCCACCAUGGGCUACCAUGGCUCCAUUGUUGGGGCCUAUGCUGGCUAUCCUUCUCAGUUUGUGUCGGGUUUGGAUCAUCCUAAAUCUAGUUUUGUUGGCACUGGGAUGGGUGUUCCAGGAAAGCACCCCAGCUCCAGCCCUCUUACAGGGGCUUCGCCUCCCUCAUUUAUGCAGGGUUUGUGCAGGGACCCAUACUGCCUCACCUACCCCAAUCCACCUCAUCUUGGGGGCAACAACUGCUCUUCUUGUGUUCAUGAUCCUUCAUCUGCCCUUAAAUCUGGCUUCCCUCUUAUGUAUCCUACCCAUCACCUCCACUCCCUGCACCCCAGUUCUCUGUCUUCUAGUGCCACUUCAUCUCUUUCCCAUCCUCUCUAUACCUAUGGUUUCAUCCUGUCCAAUGAAACUCUUCCUCAUGCCUGUAAUUGGGUCUCAGUGGGUGGCCCUUGUGACAAACGCUUUGCCACCUCAGAGGAACUUUUGGCCCACUUACGUACACACACAGCUCUGCCAGGUAUGGAUGGAAAGCUGCUAUCUGGCUAUCCAUCAUCGGUCUCCUCUGCUGCCUCCAGCCACCUCCACUUACCUCAUCCCAACAGCCCAGGAGCCCUUACCAGUUCCCUCUCCCUGCGUGGGUCACCAGGGCUAGGUUUGGCCCGGUACCAUCCCUAUGGAAAGGCUCAUUUGCCAGGAGCCCCAUCCCUGCCUAUGCAUUCUCUCCCAGCCACAGCGCCCUACUACUCUCCUUAUGCUCUAUAUGGUCAGAGACUGGGCUCAGCUUCUGCUCUUGGAUACCAGUGAUGGAAAGACUAUGGACAGUGUAUAGAUACUAGCAUGAGCUUAAUGGAAGCUGGAAAGCACAGGAACAUGCAGGAUUCUCCUAAAGUGAACCAAGCAAAAACACAGGAUAGCUAUAUUUGCCAUGAGGAAUAAAUUCUCAUCUGCUUUCGGGAACUCAUUUUAUUUUAUCUCAUCAAAUUUUUUUCAAUUUACCAAAAGUGUGUAUUUAUUUUUCACUGGAGCGCUUGAUUUUAUUGUUUUUAAGGGACAUUUACUGCCCAAAUGCAUUAUUAUUGUGUGUACAAACCAUACACUUUCUAUACAGUGUUUGCAAAGAUGGACUUUGACUUUGUCUCGCAGACAAAAAUCUUUCUUUUAUUGUCACUUUCUUUUGUGUGUUAGAUCUUUGCAAAUCAAUCUCUUUAUUGGAUAACGGAUGAGCAUGACCUGGUUAACAACUACUUUGUUCCUUUUGAUUUGGCAUUUAUUUUGUACUUGUACAGUUCAAAGACUAAAAUGGAAAGAUGUGAUAUAUUUUCUAUUGUAGCUGACUCUGAAAGCUGGGGAUGGAAGUGUAGAGGGGAAAAUAAUUCAAAUAAGAGUACUAUGUUCUGAUGGCAGCGCUAUCCAUUUAACAAAGUCUUAUUUUGUGUAAUAAAUGAUACUUG